AUGCCACUUGAGAAUAACGCAACAGAACUGAACGACUCUAGCCAUAUUUCGACAGCUUUUAAUGAGAAGGCUCUCCCAAAACUAAACCAAAUAGCUGGAGAGGGAUCCCGUGUUUCUUUACAAGUUCGACAGUUCCACCCAAGACUAUUUGCUACAGGAGAAGAAUGGGCUAGGCUUCCGAGUAUGAUCCUCACAGAUUCAUAUAGGACACAAUGGAACCAGACCAUUGUAGAGAGAGCUGAGAAAUGGCGAGCUCAACCUCCUACCCCAUACGGCCUCGUUGGUCCUCUUAAUGGUAAUGGGGUCCUUGAUACGGCUCGUCAGGUACAGCUACACAUCAAACACUGGGCAUACGUGUAUCGAAUGACUCAAGAUAUCAAAUGGAGUGAUCGUAUCUGGGAGGAAUUAGUCAUGGCUUCAGGUAAUUCAACUGAAUACUUUGGCAUAGCCGGCGACAACUGGAACAGUCAGCAUUGGUUAGAUAUAGGCGAGUUUCUUGUCGCCUUCUCAUUUGCAUACGACUGGCUUUACGAUGCUUGGACUGCCGAGCAGCGGAAGGCUAUUAUGUGGACCAUCAUCUCGUUAGGCCUUUCGAAAGCCCUUGAAGCAUAUGAAGACGACGCGUGGUUUCUGCAUGUUAAGAGUAAUUGGAAUUGCGUUACGAACAGCGGUAUAAUCAUUGCGGCCCUCGCGAUCUACCACGAAGAUCCCACCGGUAUUGCUAAAUCACUACUACCACGUGCUAUUAAUAAUGCGCGAGAGAACUGCGCCCAAGCUGUGCAGACAGAUGGUACUUGGAAAGAAACGCCUGAUUACUGGUACUUUGGCACGCAAGCUCACGCACAGUUGUCGUCAGCGCUGUUUUCUGCCACCGGAGACAUCCAUGGGCUAUUGCAUGCCAAUGAAGCUUUGGAGAAGACUGGCAUGUUCCACAUAUACAACACAGGAUUUGCCGGAAAGUUUGACUAUGGCGACUGUGGUCCAGCUAAGAUCACAGCUACUGCUAAUUCACUAUUCUUUUACGGUGACCAGUACAAAAUUCCAGCUUAUACUGGAUAUCAAAGGCAAAAUAUAGAAGCAGCUGAUCCCUUGUCGAUGCUCUGGUAUAAGCCCAUAUCAGAUGAUGCUGCAUGGUGGUCCGACUUGCCACUUGACAGGAGUUUCGGCGACGAGGAAGGUGCUUGGGUAUCAAUGAGAAGCUCGUGGACUUCAAGUGAUGGUCUUUUUGUUGCCAUGAAAGCCGGGAAACUGAUAGGACAUUCAGAUCAUGGAAAUCUAGAUGCGGGUGACUUUGUUCUAGAUGCGUUGGGGGAGAGAUGGGCAGUUGAGCUUUGCCACCAGGACUACCUCUCUCCUGGCUACUUCGAUGGCGAGGCGCAGAAAAACAAACGUUGGCAAUACUACCGCACAGGAACUGCUGGACAGAACACGAUUCUUUAUAAUGGCACGAAUCAGCUUGUCACUGCUGCUCCAACUACUAGUUUUGAAAGUAGCAGCACAGUAAACCACGUCUCCAGACCCGGUCUUAGCAACAUGGUCACAACUAUUUGGACCGCGAACCUGUCUUCGGCUUAUAACGGCCCGCAAAUUCAACGACGGCUCGGACUCCCCAGAAAUCGUACACAAGUUCUGAUCCAGGAUCAGAUCAAGGAUGCAGUGCACGCUAGCCAAUGGAGGAUGCAUACUAGAGCAGACAUCCAGAUCAGUGAAAAUCGAAGAGAAGCAGGCAAGUUCCUGAAAAUUGGUGAUAAGCAAAUGAAUGUCAAACUCCAGGGUGCCUCGGAUCUCCUGUUUCACGUUAUGGAUGCCUCGCGUCGCUUGGAAAUCGCACCACUUCUGAAAGGGGAAGAAGACAACCCGAACAUCGGGAUACAAGUUCUUUAUAUAGAUAUUCCUCCAGGAUAUCACGAUUUGUCCAUUCUCUUCUUACCGAGAUAA